AAGACUUAGGCUAUCUGAGGAUUUGGUUGUAAGUAAAAUUGUAUAAGCAUUGGAGUAUCAGAGCAAGCAAAAACAAUAGUGGUGUUUAGAUGAAAAGUUCAAUUACAGGUGUAAUUACAGAUAAAGUAUAGUGCGGUGAUUUUGUGCGGCGAAAUAACAAUCUUCCACGUCCAAAAAUUUUAGCAAAAAUGAGUAAACAUAUGUAUUCAACACAAAACCUGACGGACAAGGAGCUCAAAGAGCAGGGAAAUAGGAUGUUUAUUUUAAGAAAAUAUGAUGACGCCGUUAAUUAUUAUAGUAAAGCAAUAAUUAAGAAUCCAGAUGUUGCACAUUAUUUCACAAACAGGGCUCUGUGUCACCUGAAACUGCAGAGAUGGGAAAAGGCUUGCACAGACUGUCGCAGAGCCCUAGACAUGGACCCAACUUUGGUUAAGGGCCACUUUUUCCUUGGGCAAGCUCUGUUAGAGACUGAAAAUCAUGAUGAAUCCAUAAAGCACUUGCAGAGAGCUUUUGAUCUGUCGAAAGAACAAAAAUUAAAUUUUGGUGAUGACAUUGCAUCUCAUUUGAGGGCAGCAAGAAAGAAAAGGUUCUGUAUGCAGGAGGAGAAGAGGAUUGCUCAGGAAAUUGAACUGCAAACUUAUUUGAACAAACUGCUUGUUGAGGAUAAGGAGAAACAUCUGAAAGUACUUGAUGAACUUGAGUAUGAUGCUGAACAGAAGGAAUUCAAAGCGCAGCACAUUCAAGAUAAAUGUGAAACUUAUAUGAAUGAAUUGAACACGAUUUUCGCUAAAGUUGAUGACAAGAGAAGGAAGCGUGACGUUCCCGAUUAUCUUUGCGGUAAGAUAAGUUUUGAAAUUCUCCAAGAACCUGUGAUAACACCUAGUGGUAUAACUUAUGAAAAGAAAGACAUUGAGGAGCAUCUGCAAAGAGUGGGACACUUCGAUCCAGUCACCAGGGUAAAAUUAACUCAGGACCAGCUGAUUCCGAACUUCGCGAUGAAAGAGGUCGUCGAUUGCUUCUUACAAGAUAACGAAUGGGCAUUGGAUUAUUAAGCUAUUGUCUCAUAUUCACAGUAGA